AUGCUUUUAAGUUUGUUGUUUUGUCUAAUUCCGGGCGCUAGCGCCCACGCUGGACACUCUCAUGGCUCAGAAACGCUUUUCAAUUCCAGUGUCAACAAGUUCAUGUUACACUACAUUUUUCCUUGCAGCGCACGAUACAACGCUCUGCUAGCUACAUUUUCCAUCUCUGCAGCUCCCUGUAUCAUUGUUGCCGCCAUUCCAGCUUUCAGGAAGGCUCAGAAGAGCAUACUACUUUCACUAAUGAUGUCAUUCGCUUUCGGGACGUUAUCGGGAGAUAUCUUGUUACAUAUGCUUCCCUCAAUUUUCACUACAUCUGUGCCUACUUAUUCUCACGCCCAACUGCACCAGAUGAGUGAGGGCGCCAAAGCCAAAGCAGCGUUUGAAAGUGUCACUGCCGGCUUUCGUGGAGAUAUGGAACAUUCGGGUUCUGCGCAUGCAGAAAACACCAGAAUAACUAUCCUGGGAUUUCUAGUUUUCCUUGGAUUCCUUGUCUUCAUGUGCAUUGACAAGUGCUUUAAAAUAGCAUAUUUUGGCCAAAAAGACGGCUCUGACGCACACCAUUCCUUCGGACAUUCACACUCACAUUCUCAUGUUUCCACAGGCCAGGAAAUGCAGCUUAAGGCUCCUUCUGACCAGCAAACGACAAAGCACAACGGCCAGAAACCAGCUCCUGCUGAAAAGCCUGUUGAGACUUCAGCUUCAUUGCAGACCUCUGCGUACCUCACCGUCGCGUCUGCGUUCGCUCACAACAUAACUGACGGGUUUGCAUUGGCGUCGUCGUUCUACAAGUCCCGCACUACCGGAAUGGUCACCACUGUUGCCAUUUUAGCUCACGAAAUACCCCAUGAACUCGGAGACUUUGCCAUACUACUGAGUUCCGGUAUGCCAUUUGCCAAGGCUAUCCGCCUGCACUUAGUUGGCGUCUUCGGAGCACUGCUCGGCACGUUCUGUGGCUGUCUAGCCAACGAAAUGGCGGCUGUUACCAACACAAAAAAGCCGGCACUGGAUCGUACUGCGUGGAAUAUCCCAAUAUCCGAAAUAAUGCUUCCACUCACCGCUGGGGGGCUCCUAUUCAUUUCCACCGUUGGGGUAGUUCCUGAGAUACUCAGAAACACUGCAACUACCAAGAAGGAUGAGAUGAAGACCAGUUUACUGCAAUUGGCCAGUGUUCUAAGCGGUUUUGCACUCAUGGCCUUAAUGAAAAUGCUGGAAUAA